UAUCAUUCGAUUCACCACUUGUAACCGAGUUAUGCCGGUUUCGAAAAUUCCACCUCUUCUUCUCUGGCGGAGAACAGAUCGAAAGACUUCGUAUCAUGGCAGAGGGAAGUUUUCACCUCCGCACGUCACACAUCGGAUGUAAUAACAUCAUCGGGUAGUUCUGUGAAGAUGCGCUCAAAGAUACAGAAAGGUUCUCUGUGCAUAGCAGUCAGUAAUUUUGAGCUGAAAAACUAAGAUGGAAGAGAGUUAGUCAAGAGCAUACACCGCCAACUCUUGGGUUACUCCUCUCUAACCGAAUAAUGAGGAUUUGACCGUCACUGUUAUAGCGAUCCCACACUCUCAAAAUGAAGAACUCGUUUCUAUAGCAGUGAACCACGAAUCCUCGGAUUCACAGUCCGAGCAUUCUAACAAUAGACAACGCUCGGUCAGUAGGUGUCUGUCGAAUUUGUGACACGAAACCACGAAUCCUCGGAUUCACAGUCCGAGCAUGCUAACAAUAGACAACGCUCGGUCCGUAGGUGUCUGUCGAAUUUGUGACACGAAACCACGAAUCCUCGGAUUCACAGUCCGAGCAUGCUAACAAUAGACAACGCUCGGUCAGUAGGUGUCUGUCGAAUUUGUGACACGAAGUGUUUUUAUGUACUCAAGAACCUUUGUUGCUGUUGUUGCUUCUGCUACAAUAGACAACGCUAAGUCCGUAGGUGUCUGUCGAAUUUGUGACACGAAGUGUUUUUAUGUACUCAAGAACCUUUGUUGCUGUUGUUGCUUCUGCUAUUUUUGAUGUAAGUUUCUGAUGUGACCUUGUCGAAUUUGAUGAAUGGUCUUACGUUACAACCGGCAUAUGUGUAUUUUCAAGAAAAGCAUAAAUGGUUGUUAAAAACCUACUGAUAUAAACGUGAUGACUAAAGUAGUUUGCCUGUGCGCGCACAGUGUUAUCUCUAGACUUUAACCCUCGUUAACGAACAUCCAAAAUUAAGUGCGACGCUGUCCUUGUCGCUUGAUAUUCCCAAACUCUGUAGAACUAUUACAGUGUAAAACGGUUUAAUCACAAAGGUGUCCAAUUUCAGAUUGUACUGUAAUACUUGAGUCGCACUUUUGCGGAUCAGAAGAAACCCGAACUGUAUGAUACAACACGCGCACAUGGAGGUUCAACGCUUACGUACUUUGCCUCCGAACGUUGGAACUGUAUGCAUUAUAUCAGUUCUAACUCACGUUGCUCUUCCCGUACAGUGUUUCGAUAUCUCGUUACUGGUAUCAUCACAAGACCUCUACAUAUACAUUGGCGAGUGUGGACAUUUUCUUACUUAUUUAACUAAUUCAGUGGACCGACCCGUGAAGGUGGUUUCGACCUUCGAGAAGAAAGGAGUUUUAUUAGAAGUAACUGGAGAUGGAAUUAUUAACGCCAACAGUAACGACAUGUUAAACUUUACAGUUACUAGCAAAAGACCGGGACAAACGACUAUCUUCUUAACCACUUCGGAUUCAAACAUUGACGUUUCUCAAGCAUUCGUUCGAAUUUUCGUUCCAAGGUCCCAGUUUCUGGAUUCGUUGAGUGCAUUGUUUGGAUGGAUCUACUUCAUAGCCUGGUCCGCGUCUUUCUACCCACAAAUCUACACUAACUGGAAAAGACAAAGUGUUGUCGGUCUGAGCUUUGAUUACGUCAGCUUACAUUUCUCUGGGUUCGCGGCCUACGCUUUAUAUAAUGUAGGGUUAGCGUUUAUAAAUGAAGUCCAGAUGGAGUACAGAGAAAUUCACCCAACAGGUCUCAUACCGGUGAAAAUUAACGAUGUCGUUUUUGCCUUACACGCAACUCUGGCCGUUUCUAUAAUUGUAUUUCAAUGUCUUGUAUAUGACAGAGGGAAUCAGAAUUUGUCCAAACCAUUUGGAGCUUUCUUCACUGUCAUCUGGCUGACAGGGUUUGUUUUUCUCAUAUUAAUUCUCUCGGGAUUGGUAAAGACACGUCCAUGGCUAAGUCUGCUCUACUAUUUUGCCGCUGUUAAACUUUGUACUACCGUCACCAAAUACACACCGCAGGCCAUCCAAAACUUCCGCAGGAAAUCCACCACUGGAUGGAGUAUCUGGAAUGUGAUGUUCGAUUUUGUAGGUGGCGUUUUUAGUGUGAUUCAAAUGGUUCUUCUAGCUUACAACUACAAUGAUUGGGAUUCGAUCUUUGGAAAUUUUUCAAAGUUUUUACUGGGUGUCGUCUCAGUCUUUUAUGAUGUCUUAUUUAUGGUCCAGCAUUACAGCUAUACAGGAUACCAGCCUUUGCCUUCAAGAACUAAAUUAGGGUUGAAUGUCAACAAUGUCUCUGAAGAAACGACUAGAAUUAAUCCGACAUUUGAAGCAGGAGUAUCAACGCACUUUCUGCUACUUCAUAGCUAGGUAUGACCACAUAAAACCACUCUUAGCCAAGUGUUUAAAACCCUAUGUUUACACGCUGUGCAGUGUUGUGCUGUACUUACGAAUAUAUUAAUAUUUUUCGUCGUUAUUUUAAAUUAACUUUAUUUUAUUUCUACAAAAAUUACAGUUUUAACGGCUUCCGGCUGAUUCCAUUCAAUAUUUUGCAGAACGUACGUUAUUUUGGUUUCAGCUUUUACAGACGAGCGUUUCCUGACUCUUAUUGCACUGUUACAACUAUUCGUGUAUUUUGUUUAAUUAAGCAGAUCUAUAUAAGUGUUUUGGUUUCGCUAAAUAAGAUCCUUUAUCAUCAUUGUCUGUACACAGAUCUGUUAAUUAAAACGAUGAACAUACAUUCUUGUUCAGAUCUCUGCAUCACUUGGUUUCAUUAAACAUUUUGGUCGAAUCUUUUACUGGACAAGACAUUGUAUGUUCAUUGUUUUAGGGAACAGGAGUGUCUGUUCAAUGUCCAAUAGAACAAGACGGUGAAUAGUCGUUAAUUUUCUGAACAAUACUUUGUAUGUUCAUUGUCUUAGGGAACAGGAGUGUCUGUUCAAUGUCCAAUAGACAAGACGGUGAAUAGUCGUUAAUUUACUGAACAAUACUUUGUAUGUUCAUUGUCUUAGGGAACAGGAGUGUCUGUUCAAUGUCCAAUAGAACAAGACGGUGAAUAGUCGUUAAUUUACUGAACAAGACUUUGUAUGUUCAUUGUUUUAGGGAACAGGAGUGUUUGUUCAAUGUCCAAUAGAACAAGACGGUGAAUAGUCGUUAAUUUUCUGAACAAUACUUUGUAUGUUCUUUGUUUUAGGAAAGAGUAGUGUCUGUUCAAUGUCCAACAGAAUAAGGCUAUGAACUUUCCUUGAUUUGCCGAACACGACCUUGUAUAUUUAUUGCUUUACUGAACAAGACUUUGUAUGUUCAUUGUUUUAAAGAACAGGAGUGUAUGUUCAAUACUCAACAGAAUACGGCUACUAAUAUUCUUUGUUAACUGAACACAGCUUUUUGUAUUGAUUGUUUUACUAAAUACGACUUUAUAUGUUAAUGAUAAACUCUGUUAAUAUAGGUUUUCCUUCAUAUUUCAAUAUUUUAAAGGGUAAAAAUAAAAAACCGAUUUUUGUUGCUACUAUUGCUAUUCUAUGGGAAGCCAAACCAUUGUCUAACAGCUAAAAUAUAAAGCCGUUUAUUAGUGCUGUUCUUACUACUACUAGUAGAAAGUUUAUAGUUUUAUUGCACACUGCUCUAAAAUAUUUAUUUAUUGCACUGAAUUGUGAAAGAUUGUUUAAU